AUGACAGACGGCAGGAAUGUCAAAGAGCCGUCUGACGCCUCCAAAGAGUGCACAGCUUCGGACUGGGUGACCGCCACAGAUAUCAGAGUGACCCUGAACAGGCUCAACACGUUCGGAGACGAGGUUUUCAACGACCCCAAGGUCCUCAAGUCCUACUACUACGCUAUCUCCGACUUUGCUGUGGGAGGAAGGUGUAAGUGUAACGGCCACGCCAGCGAGUGUGUGAAGAGCGGCGGAGGACGGCUGGUGUGUAACUGCAAACACAACACGGAGGGCGACGACUGCAACGUCUGCAAACCGUUCUACAACGACCGGCCGUGGAGGAGAGCGACCGCCGACAACCCCAACGAGUGUCUGCAGUGCGACUGUAACGGGAAGAGCGCCCAGUGCUACUUCGACGCCGAGCUGUACCGGGCCACGGGUCACGGAGGUCACUGCAGAAACUGUGCCGACAACACGGACGGGUCCAACUGUGAGCGCUGCCUGGACAACUACUACAGAGACCAGAGCGGCGCCCGCUGCCUGCCCUGCGGCUGCAACACCGUCGGCUCAGAGUCUCCACAAUGUGACAACAGAGGAGUGUGUGCGUGUAAACCCGGAGUGACCGGAGAGAAGUGUGACCGCUGCCAGCCGGGUUUCCACAGUCUGACCGAGGCCGGCUGCAGGCCGUGCUCUUGCUCGCCCUCAGGCAGCACUCAGGAGUGUGACGUGAACACAGGACAGUGUCGCUGCAAAGAAAACGUGGAGGGAUUCAGCUGUGACAGGUAACCACCCCCCCCCCCACACACACACACACACACACACACACACACACACACACAGAGCUGUCAGCAGGACCCCAUUAACCCUGUGCUGUGUAUGAGUGUGUUACAUGAUGAGGAUGACAGGUCAUAUUAAAGAAGA